AUGAACCAUUUGGUUGGACCACCUGAGGGGGAGAUCAGUGAAGAGCCAGCAAACAGAGCAGUGAAUGAGUCAGUGGAGGCUGACCUGGAGCACUCAGAGGUGGAAGAGGAACAGAGGUAUGCGGCUCGCUACCCAAGGCACACCAGCAGCAGCCACGUGGGCCUGUCUGGGCAGGAGGAGGAAAGCAUGUUAGCUCGGUCAGCCAGUACUGAGAGUGGUUUCCACAAUCACACAGAUACUGCAGAAGGGGAUGUGAUAGCCACAGUGGAGGACAGUUAUGACAUUGAGAGGGUGCAGGAAAAUGAGGAUGAGAAUGCAUAUGCAGUGCAGUAUAGGCCUGAGUCCGAGGAGUACACAGAGAAUGCCGAAGCAGAGCAUGGUGAGGCCAUUCAUAACCGAACACUGCCCAAUCACCUACAUUUCCAUUCCAUCGAGCACGAAGAAGCCAUGAAUGCAGCCUACUCGGGUUAUGUCUACACACAUCGCCUCUUCCACCGAGGAGAGGAUGAACAGUAUGCUGAGGCUUACGCUGAUUAUGGGCUGCAGGAGCAUGUGUAUGAGGAAAUAGGAGACACGCCGGAUCUCGAUGUUAGGGAGGGCAUCCAGCAGUAUGAGCGGGAGAGGGAGGAGGCCGACAAUUACCGCAAGGAGGCGCUUGGUGCCCGUCUUCACCAUUAUGAUGAACGGUCUGAUGGAGAGUCUGACAGCCCUGAAAAGGAAGCAGAGUUUGCACCCUACCCAAGAAUGGAUAGUUACGAACAAGAGGAGGAUAUUGAUCAGAUUGUAGCAGAGGUGAAGCAGAGCAUGAGCUCUCAGAGCUUAGACAAGGCAGCUGAAAACAUGCCAGAGUCAGAGCAGAGUUUGGAGCAUGGUCAGACUCUUGUAAGUGGUGGACAUGAGAGUAAUGGCCAGCUCACAUCUGGUUCUCGAGUUAUAUCCGGCUCAGGAGAAUCUGUACAGAGGUACAGUAAGGAAAAAAGAGAUGCAAUUUCACUGGCCAUCAAGGAUAUUAAAGAGGCUAUUGAGGAAGUGAAGACGAGGACCAUCCGUUCUCCUUACACCCCUGAUGAGCCUAAGGAGCCGAUCUGGGUGAUGCGGCAGGACAUCAGUCCAUCCAGGGAUUCUGACGACCAGAGGCCACUAGAUGGAGAUUCUCCAUCUCCAGAUUCCUCUUCACCUCGAGGUGCUGAAUCAUCAAGUAGGCAACAUCACCAGGAUGUCUGCAGUACAGCAGAGGCUUCCACUAAUAAAGAGUCCAGAAAAAGCUUGGCUUCAUUUCCAACGUAUGUUGAAGUUCCUGGACCUUGUGAUCCUGAAGACUUAAUUGAUGGAAUCAUUUUUGCUGCCAAUUACCUUGGUUCAACUCAACUCCUUUCUGAUAAAACUCCAUCCAAGAAUGUCAGAAUGAUGCAGGCUCAGGAAGCUGUCAGCAGGAUUAAGAUGGCCCAGAAAUUAGCCAAAAGCAGGAAGAAGGCUCCAGAAGGUGAAUCUCAACCCAUGACUGAAGUGGACCUCUUCAUUUCAACACAGAGAAUAAAAGUACUGAAUGCAGACACACAGGAAACGAUGAUGGAUCAUCCCCUGCGGACCAUUUCUUACAUUGCUGAUAUAGGAAAUAUAGUUGUUUUGAUGGCCCGCAGGCGAAUGCCACGCUCUAACUCCCAGGAUAAUGUGGAAGCAUCUCACCCCUCCCAGGAUGGAAAGAGGCAGUACAAAAUGAUUUGUCAUGUCUUUGAGUCUGAGGAUGCGCAGCUGAUUGCACAGUCCAUAGGUCAAGCAUUUAGUGUGGCCUACCAAGAAUUUCUGAGGGCAAAUGGAAUCAACCCAGAAGACCUUAGCCAGAAGGAAUACAGCGACUUACUUAAUACCCAGGACAUGUACAAUGAUGAUCUGAUUCACUUCUCCAAAUCUGAAAAUUGCAAAGAUGUUUACAUUGAAAAGCAAAAGGGAGAAAUCCUAGGUGUGGUGAUUGUGGAGUCUGGCUGGGGAUCUAUUUUGCCUACAGUUAUCAUAGCCAACAUGAUGCAUGGAGGACCAGCAGAGAAAUCUGGGAAGCUGAACAUAGGGGACCAGAUUAUGUCAAUCAAUGGGACCAGCUUGGUUGGUUUACCACUCUCAACAUGUCAGAGCAUUAUAAAGGGUUUGAAAAACCAGGCCCGGGUUAAACUGAACAUAGUUAGAUGUCCUCCAGUAACCACAGUCUUGAUCAGAAGACCAGACCUCAGAUAUCAGCUGGGCUUCAGUGUGCAGAAUGGGAUUAUCUGUAGCCUUAUGAGAGGAGGUAUAGCAGAGCGAGGAGGUGUGCGUGUUGGCCAUCGGAUCAUUGAGAUCAAUGGGCAGAGCGUGGUAGCAACACCCCAUGAGAAAAUUGUUCACAUCCUCUCAAAUGCUGUUGGUGAGAUCCAUAUGAAGACUAUGCCAGCUGCCAUGUACAGACUGUUGACUGCACAAGAGCAACCAGUUUACAUCUGAAGCUGACACCUCACCACCACAGUGUGCAUGGAAGAUGUUUUUCCUCAUUAGUGCUUGUCUCUCUAGUGCUGCAUUUCUGUGUCUGCAAAGACAUUUCUUCCUCUCUCCCCACUUCACAGACACAAAUACACUGUUGCUCUCUCCAUCCCUCUUUCCUCUUCUUCCCACCAUUUUCCUGCAUUUUGGUAAGGGCCAAAAUGUAUCUAUGGAACUAUUUUAGUUGCAUAUUUUUACAAAUGAAACUUCAUACAGCUCCACAUACAAAGCAGGAAAAUAACAGCAGCAUAAUUUACAGCAGUAUUCACAGAUGGCUGUAUUUCAUGCUACAUAAUCAGUUUUAUUUCUGUGGCUAUAAUUUUACAAACCAAGUAAAUUGAAUGUUGCUGAAUGAAAGAUGACUUUACCAAACAGAUAGAAGUAUGGCGUACAAAGUGUUCUCUUGGAUAUCCUGCUUGUGACGUUGCUUUUUUUUCCCCAUUUUCCCACAGGCACCAAGCUCAGUACUAAAGGUUUGUGUCUGUGGGGAAAAUAGAAUACCAAAAGGAUUGUUUUGCCCUCAGGAAAAAUUGCCUGCUUAUGAGCACUCAGUAAAUGCUGCUGUUGUAAAAUGAAUUGUCCAAAUACAUACCUUUUAAUUCCCCUCUGUCAUCAGUUCUUCAUGAUAGUAGGACUCCAAAAGAUACUCCAUAAGUUCCUGAAACAUUUUAUUCUUGCAUUACUUACACUAAGAAAUUUGGGAGGCAUUUUUUACAGCUGCCUCCCCCUCUCUGCCCCCAGGUUUCUAUCUCCUAGUUUUCUUCUGCUUUGUCUUUUAUAGUCCCUUCCUGAUUUUAGAGUUCAAAGAAGUGGGGGGGGAGGAUCUUUAAAUAUCCACAAGAAAAAUAGUGAGGGGAUCUGCUGAAUAGCUACACUUUUUCUAGGCUCUUAAUUCCAAUUUUGGUGCACGUAGCCAUGUGUGCCAGUGUAUAUAGACAUUUUUAAAAUUGUGCUUCCUAUUUAUGAAGUUUGAAUAUAAGAGAUCUGCAGACUAUUCUAAGUAAUUUUGUUCUCUGAGCCAGUUUUAACAUAUAUUUUUGUCCAAAGACCUGUCUAAUUUUAUUGACUUCCUGUUUAGUUCAUGAUAUAGGUAACAGUGGAAAGGAUGAGGCAGGAAUAAACUUAUUUAUUUUGUUAUAUAAUUUAGCUUGUGAUUAUUUUCCCACAUGUAUGGCACUUAAAAGAGAUAUGUGUGUACUAUAUGCACUUGUAUGAAGAUGAUUAACUGUAGGGAUGUAUGAAAUCUUGUAUUUGAUUAGCCUCUAAGUUGCAUGCUAGAGACAAAAGGGGAGGAGGGGGCUGGGUUGGGUUAUUUGGGGUUUUUAAGAGGGUUCAAAA